UCAUGUGAUCAGCUGUGUCCAAUCACAGCUGAUCGCACGCAAAUAGGGAAAUGCCGCUUGUGAGGAGAGGAGAGCUGGUAAUUGGCAUUCCUCAGAGGGGACAUGUACACUGAUCAUCAGGGCACUGAUGAUCAGUGUGCCCUGAUGAUCAGUGUAGCCCCAGCAGUGCCACCUGUCAGUGUCCAUCAAUGCCAGCUGUCAGUUCUCAUCAAUGCCACCUGCCAGUGCCCAUUAGUGCCACAUUUCAGUGCCUACCAGUGCACAUCAAUCAAUGCCACAUAUCAGUGCCUACACGUGCACAUCAAUGCCACAUAUCAGUGCCCAUCUAAGCUGCCUUUCAGUGUCACCUAUCAGUGCCAGUCAGUGCCACCUAUCAAUGCUAGUCAGUGUCACCUAUCA